AAGCCGUUCGGUGCGUACGUUCCGACUUCUCAUAGUUUGUAACGGGUUCCGCCUUUUUGUGUGUGGUGUCGAAUUAGGAUAGAGGCUGCUAGUCAGCGGAGAUUAGUUUGAAGUGAAGUGUGUGUUCGAUAUUUGGUUAACCCUUUGGAGGAGGAACACAGGGAGCAAGUCUACUCGGUGCCGCGAAGAAAGUCUUCUCGAUUAAUUAAUGGUUUGUAACGAGACCCGUCUUCCCAAUACGUGGAGUUGAAACAGUUUCUAUACAGUUUACGAGGUCCACUGGAAAGCAGAGGAAUUUGUAUCCAGUUGCGGAGGUGCAGCAGCGACAGUGAAUUCAAAUUGGACAAAUACCGCCACCCAAUGUGGGUGGAACAACAAUUGAAACACUUUUUGUGAUACGUUUUUUUUCUGCGUCAAUUGCAUGAAUGGACCUGUGGUGAUCAUUCGGACAAACGAAUUGGGGUACCAUCGCACAACCAUCGCUAUUAAUCACCUCUCCGUUGGACGGGGCGACUGUUAGGCAUUCGUUGUGUGGUAAAUGCAGCUUUAACUGGUGUGAGUUGUAACUCGUGGGGGAAAAAUUGAAAACAACUCUUUAAUACCAACACCGGUGCACCUGUAUAACAACGCCCGUGUUUCACAGUCGGUGGAUUGUUCACGUGUGUCAAUUGAUAGGCAGGUCAUUGGAAAGAAACAUAAGUUGAUUCACCUAAUUGUUUGUAAUUCUACGAUGAUAAAAUAGGUAGCAUAAAUUCGGCCUAGCGAUCAAGUGAAUAGCUUCCAGAGAAAUAAAGAUCACCUGCAAGGUGGUAGUGGUUUACAUCAGAGUGAAUUACAGGUAUUCGUGAGAAACCCGGUUGAAACGCAACAAAAUAUAAGAAUAAGUGAGAAACAGCAAAACAGCAAAACAACGGUCACAUACACCUCUCUGUCCAGUUCCACUAUAAGCCAUCUGACUUAAGCGCAGAGUAGUCUACAAUAAUGGCUUGCGGCGGAGUGAAAUUGAAUUCUGCAGUCGUACUUUGUUGUUGGAUUACGAUAUUAGGUUUUGCACAAUGCCAGAAAAAUCCCAGUUUACAGAUAUUACCAACGGCUUCGGUUCAGCGCAAACCUGUGGGUGCAUCCUUACUCCUGACCUGUCGGCCGGACGUUACCGACAGCACACUGAUAUCGGAUUUGCGGUGGAGUGACAACCGUAACAUGACGAUACCGCCAAAAGCGACUAAAUAUUACUACCCACAGUACGAUUCUAAGGGUCGAAAACUUCCAACGAAAGCGGGACAGGCUUCCCCACCGAUUUACACCGAAUCGAUAGCAGGGGGCCAAGCGCUGGCUUUGAUAUUCAACUCGCUGCAGGAAUCGAUGACCGGAGUGUAUUACUGUGCAGCAUCCUACUCUGUCACCGAACAGCUCGGAGCGUCCGUUUCGGUGGAAACUUACGUCGCCAUCACAUGGAAGGAUGCACCAGAGGAUCAGCGACCAAUUUUAGGCGACGAUUAUAUCGUCCGCUGUGAGGUGACAGCAAACCCGCCAGCCACUGUGGAUUGGCUUCGGAAUGGAGAUCCGAUUAAAUCCAGUGGUCGAUACGUUAUCGAGAACAGAGGACUGCUGAUUCGGAACGUGACGGAAAGCGACGAUGGUUUGUACACAUGUCGGGCUGCGGUGAUAUCGACCGGAGAGUUGGCGAAACGAGUGAUCCGGGUUGAGGUUCAAAUUAAACCCGAAGUGCAAAAGCUUCCGCCCGUUCUGGAUGCCGUGGAAGGUCAAUCGUUUUCGUAUCUGUGCAAUGCCACCGGUAAGCCCGUACCUGAGUUCCAGUGGAUUAAAAAGGGCACCCAGCAAAAUGUAGCCGAUAUUGAUAGGUUCGCAGUGAAUGCCCUGACUGGUCAGCUGGAUAUUAGUCGAGUGGAACAGGAUGACCAUGACACGUACACGUGUAUUGCCAAGAAUGCAGCCGGAAUUUCCGAGUCCACCACGAAACUGAAUGUACUUAUUCGACCAAAAAUUAUUGAAUUUAUGAAUAUCACCGUACCUGAGGAUACCGAAGCUGUUCUGGCGUGCAGAGCAUUCGGUAGACCACCACCGGAAAUUACAUUCCGACGAUUUGGAACAACUGAGGAAUAUUCAGUUGGAUUACAAGUCAGUGAUGAUCGCAUUGUUCUGGACAUGAACACUAAUGCCGAGCGGGGUGAAACUACUGGAAGUUUGAGAAUUUCCAAAGUAUCAAAGACUGAUGAUGGUCUAUAUGACUGUAUAGCUAGAAAUCCUGGCGAUGUGGCGUACAAAAUUGGUCAUAUCACGGUUGAGUACAAGCCAAACUUUGAUCACAUGAAAUCGUUACCACCGGUGUACACAUGGGAACAGCGCACUGCGAAUCUAAGCUGUUUGGCACAAGGUAUCCCCAAUGCCACGAUCGAAUGGCGCUGGAAUGAUCUCCGAAUCCAAGACCUGCGUGACAUCAACUUGAAAAUCGAAGAUCACGGUUUCCGAAGUGAUCUCAUCAUCACACCGCGAGAUCCCCGGUACUAUACAAGUUACAAAUGCGUUGCUACGAAUCGUUUGGGCAAUGCCGAACACGUAAUGGAACUUCGCGAGGCACGUAUUCCCGAAGCAGUGGCCCAGGCAAAACCACGCUCAGUCAGUGCGACAUCGAUGACGUUCGACAUAAUACCACCGGCGGCUGAGAAAGGUUUACCAAUGACCGCGCUGUCCGUUCAGUAUAAGGAAGAAUUCAAUCCGGAUUGGAACACUGCCUUCAACCGAACCUGGUCCCCAGACAGUCCGUACAUAGUCGAGGGACUGAAGCCCCAAACGUCGUACAGUUUCCGCUUUGCAGCGCGAAAUGUGGUGGGGCUUGGUCAGUGGGCCGCCUACAUCGUUCACUCUACCCCGAAACGAUCGGAACCCGAAACGCCCAAAACUCUGCACACCCCCAUCCAGGAGGAGAACGAAGAGGACGACGCAAUCGUUGCAUCACCAUAUGCCGAUCACUUUGAGCUGCGGUGGAACGUUCCCGUGGACAACGGAGAACCCAUCACGUUCUACAGGGUGAAGUACUGCCCGGGCUCAAAGAUCAACGGUAUCUGGACGGAGCUGGAGGGGGCGUGCAUCGAUGACGACAUUCCAAUCGCGACCCACUACGAAAUGCGCGAUCUGCAGGCCGACACCUACUACCGGAUAGAGCUGAUGGCCCACAACGCGAUCGGCUUCUCGAAACCUGCCCACCUGCUGCUGAAGACUGCCCGAGGAAAUUAUUACUACUCCAGUGGCAAUAAUAACGACGUCCUGUGGCCAUCCAUCAUUUCGGGAUUGAUGUUGAUAGCCACGUUUAAUUCAAUCCAUCAUCAACGAUCAUAAAAGUUAAUAUGCCUUGGUCCCGUUCCCUAAAAUCUAGCAAAUAUAUUCACACACGCACAGAGGACAUACCCAAUCGUCUCAUCCCAUCCCAGGGUAUCGCUCCUCCAUCCGGCAAACAGCAAACAGCGCCAGCAGAAAUACGUGUAUUACUUUCCUCCAGCGUCCAACGUUCGACGCCGUCCGCACAGUUUGGCGACAUGAAUUAAACAGCAAGCGAAUUAAAAAAAGCAAGAAAACACCACAACAUCCGGCAGGGCACGUAAAUGACCGAAAGUACGGCGGUUUUUAUUGCAACUCACAGCAGAAGCAGAAAAAAAACUAUCGCGCAAGAGAAAUCAAUAGCUCUGGAUUCUACGCCAAAAAGUGUUCAGAUCUCGGAGGGGGGAGUGAGCGGAACGAAAGCAGCGCAAAGAAAGCAGUAAUGCAAACACAUUUCCAGAAAUUUAUUUUUAGUACCACUGGCGAGAGAAAAUAGAUCGAAACGCGGGUCCACACCGAAGAAAAUAGCAUUGCAAGACGGUGAAAAUGCGCACCGAAGCGGGAUGGACGAGGGACGGGGCUAUGGCCCCGUCAAUGUAAAUGAGGUGGAAAUGAAUCAAGGAAAGGCGGAAUGCAAAUUACAGGAAUAAUUAAUUUUUCUCUCUCCGCGCCCUUCGCCACCGGAAUAUGGGUUAGUUUUUCUUGUAUUUUAACUAUUUGCUCCAGCCACGCGAUCAGGUAGUAGUUUAUUGGAGAUAUCGCGAUUUCCUUUGGAGAAAAUAUUUCAGGCCAACGAUUGGAAGAGGAAAAUCAUAUUAAAUCAUGGUUAUAACCUUCGGCUAGCUCGUGAUCGUAAAUAUCCUUCCCGGAGGAAGGCGCGGGGGAAGUGCGAGGAUUUCUUGCAUUUCAAAUUAGAUGCUCAAGCACAGAACCAAACCCACAGUUUGACCCCGAUAAGGUACGAGAGGUAAUGUUUCCAUUAGAGUGCUAUUAUUUGUUGAGGAUUAUAGAGAAACGUGGUUUAUCACGGUUUGUAAAUUAAACACGUGGAAAAGGCGGGUCGGGGUACGAAUUUUAUUAUUACAUAAUUAAUUGUUUCAGUCAGAUGAUUUGUGUUCCGUGUCGGUUUAUUUGGUUCUCGUAAAUUGGCUGGAAAAAUUUUAGUUCCUUCAUAAUUCAACUGUGUGUGUACUUUAUAGUUCUGAAAGUAUGAUUUGUGUAUUUAAAAUAGUUGUCAAUACUGAUCAAAAUAUUGGCCAAAACAAGAAUUGUGAGCGCUAUCCAAUAUAUUCUAUAUCGUAUACACACCCUUUUUUUCUAUAGAUCUUCUGCAUGAGAACCUGAUAAAUCGAAAACGUGUUUCACAACGUCACGUAAUUGUAUCCAUUUCCGCCUUCCACGAAGCAAUCGCAAAAAAAGAGCUUAUUUAGUUUACGAAAAUUGUUACAUUGAUACGAAAUUCUUUGUCAUCGUUAGACGAGUCUCGAAAACGAAUUUAUCUCAUUCAACUGUGUGUGAUUUGCAUAAUCAAAAUAAAAAAAACAAUCCCCGUUUAUAUUUUUCAUCCAUACUGUACAACAACAGUAACAACUAGGUAGGUAGAUGAAUAGAUUUUAUAUCAAUUGUUUUUAAUCAUUCUAAUGCUACGGUGCAAUGACUAAUAGUAAUAAAAUGAGAGCAUGGUGAUGGUGAAAUGAUUUCUUUACUGAAUGUUAGGACAAAUAAACAUAAUGGAAUUUAAAAUGCAGUUAAUCGAUUAGAUAAAUAAAACACCGACCACCACCAAUCCUCGAGAAUGUAAACUGAGAAUCUAUCGUAACUUUUAGUGUAUAAGGUGGAAAAUCUUCAAGACUGUAUUGUUUAUAAUCGGAACUUUUUUUUCUAAAUAUACUGAAUCUUGUAACAAUUCCCAUGAUACCAACAAUCAAUCACAGUUUAACUGAACGUUGCUAGAUUCUUCUUUUUAUUUGUUGAAUAUAUACAAUAUAGAAGAAGCAAAUAAAAUGUCUCGCAAUUGUACAUAGUAGACUAUUGAUAGGAACAUUAUAACUUUUGUAAAAAGUGUCAUCAAUCAACAAAUCAAACAAAUAA